GAAGCAGUAUCAAUGAUGGUUGCUAGUGAUUACUAAAUAAGUUCUGUUGCUUAUGAGGCAAAUAAAUUGCCAGGCCAAAUUCUGAAUUAAUUGUAUUAUAAAGUAACUAUAUUUUGCCUCCCUAAAACCAGGAGGCAGCUCUGUACCAUUUCUAGCUAAAAAUAUUCUCUUUUUUCAUAAAAAUAAUUAAUUUGGGGCUUAUUUUCCUGUGGCUCAUGGCGGAAAAGAAAACUGAAUACUUGCGUUCCAUCACUUUGUAAUGAAAAUGAGAUCACUAAGUCUUCCUUUUACUUUUGAAAAUUGUAUUUAAGUUUUCGGGACUUUAGAUUUAUAGCGGCUUUGUUUUGCCACUUUUCUUCCAAGUCGUGUCAUGAUACCAGUAAAAACUUAAAUAUUUCUGUGAUUUGCUGCAGGCAGUAAGGGAUUAAUACAAACAAGGGAGAGUUUGUUUAUUCGAGGGACAAGCAUGUGUUGUUUUGUCUUUGUUUGUAAAUUAAUGGAUUUCUUUCACACUGAAAUUAACAGGUAGAUAUCCCAUAGUAAAGUUUCUUUAGCAAGUGGCAAAUAGUGGAAACGAGUCAUGUUUAUAUUUGUCUAUUAUUAUGACAGAGCUUUUGAAGCUUGGAUAAUACUUUAACCUAAACUUGAAUGAUAAAAAGUUUAAAAGACUGAAAGCAAGAAUGACUUGUUGGAAACUGAAUUCCCAUUAAUCCUUUUCAUCUCUUUCGGUCAAGGCCAUAAGGAAAUGUAUUUAUGGUAGAAGACUUAACUGGUAGAAGAAAGGCACAUCUUUAGCAGCAGUUUUGGUUAUGAUAGAAUUAAGAAUUACUUCACAGAAUGUCUGUGUGUUAUGCUGUGUCACUUUUGUCUUUUGAUACAGGUCUUUACUUAUAUCACUGUUAAUUUAUCAUUAUGUUCCUAGAUCAUUUUCUAUUCAUUAAGCAUUUAUAUCACCUAAACAGUGUAACAACGGCGGGGAAAGACUGUCCAAAGGACUUAAUAUAUCUCACUUCAUGCUAUUUCAGUCUUACUGACUCUAUGACCAACGUAUACUUUUCUGCACUAGAAGAGAAGAAAGAAAAGGUAUGAUGUCUGUUCCAGCUAGUGAAACUGGGGAGGACCUACCUGUGAGAGAUGUGGGUCUGACUCUAGCUGGAAUUGGAGGAUUACAAGAAUCAUCAACUACACAGAAUGUGAAAGCUCGACAAGCUGUAUCACGAAUUAGUCGAAAGGAACUUGAAGACAGAUUUCUUCGUUUACGGGAUGAGAACAAGUUACUCAAACAGCAUGCAAAUAAGCAAGAGGACAAAAUUAAAAGAAUGACCACCAAGUUAAUACAGCUUGUUAAUGCUAAAAAAAAGUCUGAACAGGUUGGUGGCGGCCCCAAGCGGCUGGGUCGGGCUCUGGAGCUGGAAGAAAUGAUUGAGCGUUUACAAGAGAGAGUUCAUGAGCUUGAGAAACAAAACGAGAGCCUCCGCAGCAAACUCAUCACAACUAAACAGCAGCUUCAGAUUCAAGGCCAUAGGCCUUAUCUGUACAACUAUGUUCAGUCUCGUAUUAACACUGGUCUCAAAAAAGUGAGUGAGGCUGCUGGCGUGCCGGAGCAUGCAAAGAAAGGAAUGAGAGUUCUGGAUUUAGAAGCGACAUCACUUAACCUUGUGUUCCCAGAUUAUGAACAGAGUCUGCUUGAGGAUUCAAGGGCUGAAAUAAGAAAUUUGGAGAUAGUGACCGAGUUGCAGAGGGAACACAUUGAGAAACUAGAACAUGACAGAGAGAUACUUGAGAGUCAACUAAGAAGGAGAGGAAAGGAAAUUGAAGAAUCUGUCCUAAGGCUGAAAGAGGAAGAAACAACAAGCCGAAGGCUAAACAUUCAAGAAAAUGUGGAAAUGAUCAAGGUCCGUAAGCAGUUGGCUGAGAAAAGCAAUGCUCUUACAGCAAUGGAAGGAAAAUUUCUCCAGCUUCAAGAGAACGAAAGGAACUUGAAGACCAGCCAUGCUGCUUUAAUAGCAAAAAGUGAUGAACUGAAUCUACAGCUUAAAGAGGAGCAGUUAAAGUGUCUCCAUCUUGAAAAAGAAUUGCAAUCAGUGACUAUUUCAAACCGAAGGACAAAGGAGUUACAGGAAAGAAUAAAUGAUCUAGAAAAAGAGAAUGAACUCUUGAGUGAAAACUAUGAUAAGCUGUGUAAGAGUGUCUUGAGUAUGACCCAUGAAAAGCAAUGGAAAUUAAAGGAACAGCAACUGAAACUGCAAAUCGCUAAGCUAGAGACUGCCAUCGAAUCUAAUUUAGCAGACAAAAAUGAAAUCCUUGACAAGAUCAAAGUAGAAAGAGACCAAAAGGAAAAGCUGAUGCAAGAGAACAAAGACCUGCAGUUAUGCAACCUGGAACAUCAGCAACAACUAGAUGAACUGAAAAAUCAGAUGAAGCUUUUGACCCAGGUUGAAAAGCAGCAGCAGAAUGAGGACCUUACCUUUUUGGAAAAAGCAGAAGAUAAUAUCCACAAAGAUUUAGAGCACUCCAUGCGGGAGCUGCAGUUAACACAUGCAGAAACAGUGCAAGAACUUGAAAAGACAAGGAGUAUGUUAAUUGUGCAGCACAAAAUUAACAAAGAUUACCAGAUUGAAGUAGAAGCAGUGACACAAAAAAUGGAAGGUCUGCGGAAAGACUACGAGUUAAAACUGGAACAGUAUGUCCGUCUUCUUGAUAUUAGAGCUGCCCGCAUCAGAAAACUAGAAGCUCAACUAAGAGAUAUUGUCUAUGGUACAAAACCGCAUAAAUCGAGACCAGAAAUAUUGCCAGGAGGUACAGUGGAUGAAUUUGAUGAAAUUUUACAUUUAAAAAGAGGAGAGAACACUUUUGAAAUUCAUAUCGGCAAAGUGAUUUUCUCUCCUGGAGUUGUGGACGCUUUUGGUGACCGUGAACCUGCAACAUUUUGUACUUAUGGAUUCUACGACUUCGAACUUCAGAUAACCCCAGUAGUGUAUGGGCGAACCCCAUCGUAUGACUUCACUUCUCAGUAUCUUGUGCAGGCUGAUGACUGCUUCUUGCACUAUAUACAGCAAAAGAGUAUCACCCUUGAGGUGCAUCACGCUUGUGGCGUAGAUUAUGAAACCGUUGCUACUUGUCAGCUCAAGCUCCAUGAAGUCUUGGAAGACAAUAGGAAGAUCUACAGCACAGCAAAUCUAGUUGGAAUCAACGGAAACAUUCAAAAUUACGGUACCUUAGAAUACUGGAUCAGGUUACGAGUACCUAUGGAUCAAGCUAUUAGGCUCUACAAAGAGAGGUCAAAGGCUCUGGGCUACAUAACAUCCAAUUUUAGGAAGCAUGAACAACCAUCCCAGCAGCAGAUAUUUGGAACUGCCCAAGUUAGCACUUCAACAGAUGGCAGCUUAAAUGAACUCCACAUUACAAUAAAAUGUUGUAACAAUCUGCAACCCCGAAAGAAACAUCUUCAGCCAAAUCCUUAUGUUGUCUACAAGUUCUUUGAUUUUGAAGACUAUGAUACUGCCAUCAUUCCUAGCAGCAACAACCCAGAAAUAGAUGACCAUAUGUGUUUCCAAGUGCCAAUGAAUGCAGAUUUAGACCAAUACUUAAAAUCACGAUCCUUAACCUUUUAUGUAUUUGAUGAUGCUGAAACAGAAGAAGGUGCUUAUAUAGGGAAAGCCAGCGUGCCUCUUAUUUCCUUAGCAUAUGACAAAUCUAUCUCAGGUACUUUCGAACUAACAGAUCCUGAAAGACACACUACUGGUACCAUCACAGUUGAAUUAAAAUGGAAGUUUGUGUACCUGCCACCAAGUGGAUCAACAGUGGCUGCAGACUUGGUAAAUUACAUUGAGAAAGAGAAAUUGAUGGUGACUGAAUUACUAGCAGAGGAAAAAAUGGAGCCACCAGCCCUGCCUCCUUCAUCUACUUCAUCAGUGACAAAACCAACACCCAAACCAAGGCAGCAACCAGCUCAAGCAGUCAAGAAAGUAUCUUUUGUGGGCACAGAUGGUAAAAUACAGAUGGCAGGCUCUGUUGUUGAAAAUAACAAGGGAAUCACACGGAAGAUGAAGGCUUCAGGUGUUACAGAGCAUGUGCCACAUGAGGUUGAACAAGAAAGGCUGGCAGAUGAUAAGGCAAAGGAGGAGGCUGAAGAAAUUCCAGAGGAAAAAGAAGAUCUCUCACAUAUGUCAGAGGGGCAGUUUGGUGACCGAAGCUCAGUCACUUCUGCAGAUGAGACAGAAGUAACUGAAGAAUUGGAACCAGAAGAUCAAGAUGAAAGACAAGAAAAUGAUGCCACUGAAUCAAUAAUAACUGACAGCGAUGACUCUGUUGUUUCAAGGCCAAUAUCCAAGAAUAUUAAACAGGCCACUGAAAAAAUCCGGAUUGAAAUUACGUCGCUCAGUCUUACUGAGUCACGAAUUACAUCAGAUGAAACAAUACAGCAGCUGUUUGUAGAAUGCAGAUUAUACAAUUUCAUUGCAGAGGAGACUCCACUGUCACUUCCAAAACCAACAUGUGGUCAGAGGAUUCACUAUAACUAUAGCAAUGUGAUACAUGUGGAUAAGGCAAAUAAUCACGCGAGAAGGGAGUAUCUCAAGUCCAUGCUUCUAAAGCCAGAUCUUCAUACUGACAGCCUACGAUUUACAGUGGUCAGUGAUCCCCCAGAUGAUCAACAGGAUCUUGAAUGUGAAGAUAUCGGUUUUGCUUAUGUCCGUUUGAGAGAGAUAUUCCAGAAGCAAAGAGAUAUCAUUGAGCAAGAUAUUGAUAUUUUCGAUUCACAAGAUGAUAGUACAGUAAUUGGAAAGCUCAAAGUAACAGUGGAAGCCCUCCAUGCGCUGCGUUCAGUCUAUGAGGAAUGCAAAGAUGACUUGGAGGCAUGAAAGGGAAGUUUGCCUACAGAAGUUCCUUCUCCCAGUGUAAAUACAUGCUUGAUAGUGCUUCAAAGAUGAGAUCUUUGUAAUUUUUACAGUAUAUUUAAUGUAUAAUUUACAUGGAAAGGACGCUUGAUUUGUAGUUGUAAAGUUUUGUAUACUUUUCAGUCUGUUUGUUUUAAUAUUUCCCCCCUAAGGCUAAGAAUCUCUCCACAAUGGACAACAUCUUGUAAAUAAUUAAUAUCUACAUGAUUGAAAGAUGUGCUUUACUUGCAUUUUCAAGAUUUUUUUUUCCUACAUAAAACAGUAAUAAAAAUGCAAGUCAAAUUUUUAAUUUUUAAUAAAAAAGCCAUAAGCCUUAGAAAACUGAUUAAAAAUACUUUUAUGUUAUCCCUAAUCACCCCACUAAAUGGAAUGCCUGUGAUUAGCCUCAUUAAGAAUGUUAUACUGUGAAGAUUUUAUUAAAAGCAAUAUAUGAAAAUUACUUGGAUUAAUGUGUUAAUCUGCCUCUUUAAAAUGCUAAUAUCCAUUUUAUGCACAUUAAAUCUCAGUAUGUGUUUUCUUUGAUGCAUGCAGUUCCUAUCAAUUAAAUAUAAAAAAUGAGGGUAGUUGCAGGACUUAUUAAAUUACUGCAACCUUUUUUUAAAUAACUUUUACCCUUCUACUAACGUUAUAAUCAGCUGUUUAUGAGUAUCGUGAUAUGAAGUAGAGGGAGGGCAGGAACAAUCAUUUUUCCAUAUAGUAGAAGAUUUACUUUCAGCCAACAUCUGUCAAAGCACAAAAGGAAGCCACACAUUUGCUUCACCUAGUUUGAGCUGUAGGGAUAUGCAACUGUGUUUUCUUUUGGUUUUGUCACUUUUACAACUUAUAUCAGACGUAUACAAUGAGUUGUUGUAUCUGAAUAACCAGUGUCUACCUCAGAAGGUUAAUUUUCCAGCUUUUAACUGAUCUCAGUGAAGGAUUUAAUUGAUAUUUUUAAUGGAGCUGUGAAUCAAUGCUGCAAAAGGAUUGUCUCUUGAGAACGAGGAUAUAAUACAUUUCAUUUUUUAAUUUACUUUUUUAUUUGUCAUUUUCUUCAAAGGAUUUUAUAGGCUGUGGAUUUCCACUGUUUGCAAACAGGCUAUGUUUCUUCAUAAGCAUAUGUAAAGUAUUCAGAGAGAUAAGUAAUUUAUUAAAAUCUACCUAAUUUGCCGUGAUAUAUUAAAUCUCUGCUUCAGUGAUCACAGACCAUUUCAUUUAGAGAAUUAGGCAUUCCCUCUUUGUGUGAUUAAAGCUCUGGAAAAUGAGUUCUUUGCUCCUAUUUGUGAACAUUCAAAGCCUGCUAAUGGCAAGAAGAUGGAAUAGAUUAUGAGACAAUUCAUUACAGUUCAACAGAAAAAAAAAAACGGUUAUAAUGCAGAAAUGUAAGUAUGAAUAUCUGCAUAUAGUUCGAACCAUCUGUGCUCUAAUGGCUUCAAUAAUAGCUCUUCGUCUUCAGUAGGCUUUGAAAUGACAUCCAUACAAUAUUAAUUUGUUGAUGUACAUUAUAAGGCCAAUGGAAUGAAUAUAUUCUGACCACAGAAAUCUCUGAAUUCCAACAUGAACCGAUGGUUAACUCCAUUUUAGGACCUACCAUCUUCAGUAGUACUUCUCAUCCAGACUUUGCCAAUCCUCACAGCAUUCCAUUCCUCUGGAACUUUCCAGAGACCACAGACAGUUGCAUUCCUACACCCCUCCAUUCUUCAGUUAAUGGCCAUAUGUUUGUUGUCGUUUGGGCUGGUGCUUAGUUCAUCAUUUUGGCCACCAUUUCUAGUUUCUUUUGGCUCUGUGCAUUUAUAUUGUCAAUAAGGCUGUUAUUAUAAAUUACAAUAAUUUAAAACAGCUAGAUUCAACACUGAGAUUAACUGAGUGGCUUUUUAGAAAUUUAGUUGCGGUAUUCUGUCAGGAGGUUCUUAUUAUUCUUCUAAUACUUUGCAAACCAAACUAAAUAUCCUGCACAUAAACAAAGAAGCAAAUUGCACUGAGUUUUUAUGUGUGACUGUUUACUGACUUUCAGGAGAACUAUAACUGGUGUUUGUUUUCUUCUGAAAUAAACCAUGUGGUAAAAUUAGAAAAUCAGUGAUGUUCAUCUCACUUCAAUGUUUACAGUAACACCCUUAGCACUUUAUCUCCACCAUCUGAAGCUGAAAACUUGGAAACCAAGCGUUCAUUAUUCAUUAAAUGCAGACCUCUUUGGUAAGUUACUGCAGAAUAUUCCAGUUGACAUUUGGUUACGUUGUGUUAACUGUUCUCAGUGACUCCAACAUUAACAUGUAUAAUUUGCCUCAGGUUCCUAAACAUAUUCCUUUGUAAAAUAUCUCUGUUACUCAGCUUGGGAUUUAAAAAAAAACAAUCUUGAUUUCUAUAAUGUUCAUGUUUAUUGCAAAGACAGAUACGAUAUUCAGUGAGGAUUUUCCAAAAGAUAGAUUGUAUUACUUUAUGCAAUAUAAACAUACAAACAUUCUAGUAAGUUUUGUUCUUGCAUUAAGUAGUUGGUGUUUCCAACAUGCUCUUAAAUCUUACGUCUAAAUGCUGCGCUCUGCAAGGAAACUGGAAUAUGUGAUCUCAGACUAUUUUGUCCAGAUUUUAUCUAUGAAUAACUAGAAGAAAACUUGCAUCUACGUCCUCUGUACCCUAAGCCAAAAAGUAUUUUUUUUGUGUGCAGUAGGUUAGUAAGCACAAUAAUUGUCUUAAUUUUAGAAAAGGAUCCUUAUUAAUGCUGGGUACUAAUAUACUUUACAAUGUUGCUUAAUUAAAGUUAAUAUUUGUGGAAUGGGUAAAUUGUGUCUGUGGUAUAGUCCUGCAUAAGAUUAACUAGGCAGGGUCAGAUAAUCAGUUUUGUUACUUUGUAUUUUUUCCCAUUAAUAGUUACUGCCUAUAGAUUUGUUGUGAUGUCUUCUUAUGUGAUAUAAUAGCUGCUAUUCUGCAGGUGAUCCAGGUAUGUUUAUCAAGGUAGAAACUUCAGUUUAGCUCAACAUACCUUUUUAAAAUUAUUUAUUUAUUUUUAGUUUUUAAAAUUUUGCUUUUAAUCUGUUAUAGCCUUAACCUAAGGAUGGAAGUUAUAAGAGCAAAUACAUCAUGAACCAAGGUAACAUCUGUGUGAUCUUGAUCAAUUUUGCUGUACAGCAAGUUGCGGCUUAUUUCAUUCUCUGCUUAUAGAAGUACAAAAAACUUACAACAACUUGCCUCAUAGAACUUCUGCAACUGGAGAUCAGUGUUUAAGUUAAUAAUAAUACUGUUUAAAAAUUGGAGGUUUUUUAUUAUUUCAAGGCAUGGUAAGACGUUAUCGUAACUCAAGAAGUCACCAAAGGUAUCAAGGCUAAAUAUUAUCUGUUAAAUUUCCUAUUCUUGUGUUGUAGUAGAACUCAGUAAUAAAUUAAAAUACAGACUUAAAAUUCUGUAACAAACAUUAUUGCAUGUUUCAGAACCAGAGAAACAUUUUGUUACAGAUAGACA